UCUAUAAAAUGUGUAAUAUAAAAUAUAUUAUCGCCUUGUGUGUAUGACAAGCAGAAUAUCGCAUGAUUACUCACUGCCGGCCGCUUGUAAUAGUGGCCUCGGUUCGGCGUGUAUCAGACGUGUUUAUCGUAAACAAGUUAUAUAAUGUUGAAAAAUCCCCUAUAUGUUUAUGGACCGGAGGACAGAUAUGUGCCCGCAAAAUUAAACGCCGGUGACUUCUUAUUACAAAAAAUAUGGGAGCACAAAGAAAAAGUUUCUAUGAUAAAUGGGGCGACUGAUGAAAAAUUAACUUAUGGAGAGAUAGCCCAAGAGGCUAUGAACCUUGCGCUAUCUUUGGUGAAACUCGGCGUUCGUAGGGGAGAUGUCGUAGCAAUUUGCUCAGAGAAUCGACGUGAAUACUGGAGCACUGUUGUUGGAGUUAUUUGUGCCGGCGGUGUUGUUACCACUAUCAAUACUAUUUAUACCAAAGACGAACUGAAACAUGUAAUGGAUAUAUCGAAGCCAAAAUAUGUGUUCUGUUCACCAUUUUCUUAUAAAGCGCAAGGGAAAAACUUCAGUACUAUACAGUAUAUUAAAAAAAUUAUAGUAUUUGGUGAAGAAAAACAAAAGAACACUUUAUCUUACAACGACUUGACUAUAAUUGGACGAGGAGCUAAUUCUAUGCUUAAAGAAAAUGUCAAUAUUGAUCAAUUUGACGCAAUAGAAGUAAUGGGACAAGACGAUGUAGCUAUGAUAUUGUAUUCAUCGGGAACGACAGGUCUACCAAAAGGUGUUAUGAUAACACAUUUGAAUAUUUUAACUGCUUGCUCGUCGACAAUGGAGACGCCAGAUUUCGUCUCACUGACUAUAACACCGUGGUACCACACUAUGGGUCUUAUAAGUCACCUCAUUGGUUUCGUGAAAGGGAAAAAGACAAUAUAUCUACCAAAGUUUGAUGUUGAACAAUAUCUACAGACUGUGGAGAAAUAUAAGGUAUCUCAACUUACGGUGGUGCCUCCGGUACUAAUAGCGCUUUGCAAGACACCGUCAAAGCAUGACGUCAGCUCUGUCAUGGUGGUGGUCUCAGGCGCAGCGCCUCUACACAAAGAAACCGCCGAUGGAGUAUUCAAAAGAUUCCCGAACGCCCAGGCUGUGCUACAAGGAUAUGGUAUGACUGAAUGCACUCUAGCAGUUGCUAUAAAUGUCAAUCCCGAUAAAGAUUCAAGCGUGGGACAAAUUAACUCAAACACUGUUGUUAAGAUUGUACAUCCAGAGACGGGUAAAGUUUUAGGACCAAAUCAAGAAGGAGAAAUAUGUGUGAAGAGUGCAAUGAUAAUGAAAGGAUACAUUGGAAAGAGAAAGCAAGAUGACUUUGACGAGGAAGGAUUCUUCAAAACUGGCGACAUUGGAUACUAUGAUGAAGAUAAAUAUUUGUACAUCGUUGACAGACUAAAGGAACUCAUCAAAUACAAAGCAUAUCAAGUUGCUCCAGCAGAAUUAGAAGCAGUGCUGCUAAAGCACGCAGGUGUACGUGACUCAGGAGUUGUGGGUGUACCGCAUCCUUCAGCCGGUGAGGUGCCUCUCGCCUUUGUUGUAGUUCAGCCGGAUUCCAAAGUUACUGAAGCGGAAUUACAACAGUUUGUCGCUGAACGAUUAUCAAACCCGAAACAUUUACGAGGAGGAGUGAGAUUCGUUGAAGCUAUACCAAAAUCACUCACUGGAAAAAUACUAAGGAAAGAUCUAAGAAAAAUGGUGAAAUCUACAAAGAGUAAACUGUAAAAAGAUAUUACAAAUUGACUUUUGUAAAGA